GUGCAGUACUGUUAUUGCACAUGGGUGGAAAACUACGACGUGUGGAACUCCGCAAGAAGCUCAUAUCGAACUACUCCAGUCCUUCAGAUUAGUGCGUUACAGUAUAUAGUUUAUCGGAGAUGGCGGCUCCGGCGGCACACAGUGACAGCGACGACGAUAUGGACGCGUUCAUGGACAAAUUUAAAACCCAGAGAUACAAAAACGGGUUCAGUGAAGACAACUGGGAGCAGGAGUUUGAUAAAGUGCCGAUGUUCAUGAAGAAAGCUCCGGAUGUCAUUGACCCGCAGAGCUUCCCGGAGCUGGCCUGCCUGCAGUCCAUCAUCCACAGCGAAGACCGGCCUCCGCACGAGCAAGCAAUGAGCCUAAAAAAUGAAGGAAACGAGUUUUUCAAGGAGAAGAACUACCAGAAAGCAAUCGUGUCCUACACAGCAGGUUUGCAGAAGAAAUGUGGGGACCAGGAUCUCGAUGUUGUUCUUCUCACCAAUCGAGCUGCAGCACACUACUAUCUGGGUAACAUGCGCUCAGCACUGACUGAUGCUGCAGCUGCGAAGAAGAUCAAGCCUGACCACCUUAAAGCCUUAAUCAGAGGUGCCCAAUGUUGUAUCGAGCUGCGUAAUUAUUCAGAAGCAAUUCAGUGGUGUGAUGAUGGGCUCAAAGUCAUGCCAACGGACAAGAAGCUGCGGGAGCUGAGAGCUGCAGCCGAUAAACACAAAAGAGCUGCAGAGCGAGAUGCCAGGAAGGCCAAGGUCAAAGAAAAAAAGAUUCAGUGUGAGAAAGAAGCUCUUCUGGCUGCCAUACAGGAUCGAGGUAUUAAGUUGCUACAAUCCAUGAACAAUCGACAGUGUGGUUCAGACAGCGAGGAUGAAAACGAGAACUCUUCAGCAGCAAUAGCACAGCUUAGUCUGGACGGUCUCAGCUCCAAGGAGGUCACCGGGGCUCAGGUCUUCCUGGACGAACAGGGCUCUCUGCAGUGGCCAGUCCUCUUUCUCUACCCUGAACAUCAACAAAGCGACUUCAUCUCAGCCUUUUGUGAGAAUAGCUGCUUCUCAGACCACCUGGCUGUCGUGUUUGAAGAGCUUCCACCUUGGGAUGCUGACAGAAAAUACCUUCCUCAAGAUCUUCAGAUUUACUUUGAAGAUGAAGAGAAGGAGACACUCUACCAGAUUCAACCAACCAAGUCACUUCUGGAAAUAUUGCAACAUAAAAGGUUUUUUGUCAAGGCAGGCACUCCCAACUUCAUUGUGUUGGUAAACGGCUCGCCUUACCAGAAGCAGUUUUUAUCUGGAAAGAAAAUGCGAAAACUGUAAAAAAAAAAAAAAGAAAACAGUUGUGGUACAUUGUAAGACAAAAUCAAAUCUAAAAGUUCGAUUUAGCUUUUUUGUUAAACACAAUAAGGCUGUUUCUAUCUUGUACAUGAAAGUAGUGCACACUGUAUAACAUCAAACAUUGAUGUAAGUGAGCAUAAAGGAUGGAAUCAUUUGUAGUAUUGCAUUUACUUUCAGUUUUUUUCAGUUUGCAUGUAAAGCUGAAAUCAAAUAUUUUUAAAUAAAUCACAUCAGACAUGG